AUCGAAAGCGCCAAAUAGAAAACCGCUAUUCAUAGAUGAUGUGACAUUUCUCCCUGUUGACUUAUGGCAUGAAUCAUUAAUGCAGAGAAACAGCGUGUAUACUUCCAAAAGCGAGAUGCAGAUCUGCAGUGAAGGGAACUGUAUUUCCUUAAGAAAAAGCAGAAGUACAAAACUGACAGAUAACUGGGAAAGAGACAAAGGAUUGCCCUUUUAACAAAGCACCAAGGGAGCAGAGGGUACAGAGGCAAAUCGGGCGACUUCAACACAAUAGAGCUGAAAUUGUAAGAAGGUGGUCAAUUUAAGGCAGCCCCCGACCCGGAUGGAGCUAAUGUGCACUUACAAAGACGAGAACUAAGCAUGAUUGGACACCACUGAGGAGAGGUUUCAUUCAUGAUGUGCAGUGAUAUAAAAGCAGAGCUUUGUGACAGACUUGUUGCAACCAGUGGAGGUUUUGACAGAGCAGGCAUCUUGAAAGCUGAAACGAUUACUGUCUCACAGCUUUUGAAGCAAAGUGUCAGCUUUGGUGUCAACUUCCUCAAGGUGGCCCCCAGGGAAGAUAAAAGUGUAGUGUCUUUAAGAAAGGCUUUAAGUUUUUUAGAGCCCAAGAGUUACAUUUUGACUGGCGUCUUGACACCAUGGCUAAAACAUCAGAGCAACAGAUAUCUCCCGGGAGAAAUGUUUCUUCAAGAUGAAACAGGCAGUAUUCUCUGUUCACUGAAGGGAGAAUAUGAUGUUUUCCAAACUGUGGACCAGAAGGUGUUUCUGACUGGCUGGAACUACAUUGCCCAAGAGUCAGAAAGCUACAUUGAAGUGAAUGGAGUCAUCAGACUGUCAUCCUCCAGCAAAAGCACAGUGUCCAAGGCAACCUUAUCAUGCAAUGCCAUCUGUGUUCGGGAUGCAGAGAUCACUUUAAAGUACAGGACAGAGCUUCAUCCAGGACGACUCAAUGUUUGUGGGAAGCUGGCGACCCUCAGUGAAGUCUUCAGGAUGAAGUCUGAUCACAUGUUCCUGGUGAAACUCACAGAUGAGGAAGGGAAAGAAGUCAGCAUACUUUUCAAGAGAGCAGAUCAGCUACACUGGCAGAAGUUCCUCACCCCAGGGGAAGAAUAUGUGAUUACAAACCUGAGAGCCACAACUGUACAGAAGGGUACCAGCUUGCCAACUGUGAUUUACGUUGCCUGGGAAGGGUCAACAUUCAUCUCAAGGUCACACUGGACAGGUCACAUUUUGCCUCUGAAGGACUGGCUUGAGUUACCAGAGCUGCCUGCUGCUGUGCUGACAGACAAUAUGGAGGGAGCUAGACCUACACAGCAGAGUCUGUACACAUACCAGGGCACAAUUACAGAUGCAUCCAAAUCAGAUGUGGGAAUUUAUCAACUAGACAACAAAAUUGGCUUACAUGUGAGUUAUAUCCCAGCUGUCAGUAAGUUCUGGCCUCUGCGCCCAGGCUGUAGAGUUGUUUUGUGCAACACUCAUCAUAAGGGAUCACCUCAGCCUCCAAAGAUUCGUCUGUUUGGGUGCAUACAGAGCUGUGUGAAAAUAGUGGAGUUCUCUCCCUUUAAUGUUACUUGUGCGAGGAUGGAUAGUAGUAGGAGAGGCAGUCUACAGAUGCUUCAGCAGUACAGUGUUAGCGUGGGGCAGUUUGAGCAGUUAAGGACAGCGGAGGAGGCUCUACAGCAGAAACUGGGAAGUGUUGCCAGUCCUCGUGUGCUCCUGACCUGUCUCCUCACCCCAAAGACAGAGCCCACUGGUCCAGCCAGCCCAUGGGUAGGAGCCAGGAGCCCUUUAGAGCAGUUCCUCCCAAGGGAUCAUACCUGUGCUCUAUUCACACAGAAUGACAGGAAUAUACCAAGAGUCCUCACACUGGGAGAUCUACAUGAGCAGUUGUCCAGUAUGGACACGGCAAUCCAGCGUCUUAGGGAGUGUUGUGGUCAUCUACAGUUGUCCAGGGAACAACUGAAGGGGAGACUUUAUUGGGGUUAUGAUCAGCAGCUGGAUGUCACACAAGAAACAAAUAACCAGGUACUGGUGGGAGUUCUCAAGCCCUCCUGCAAGACUGGACAGUUACAGCUUGUGGACAACACCGGAGCCAUUGAUGUUGUUGUUGCACCUCAUCCAGAAAACUCACAAACACAUACCUGUGAUAAUCAAGACUGUAAUCAUAGUGACCAAAAUCUGAGCAGAGGCUCCAGCUGUCCAUUUAUACAAACCUCUGAUUGUGGAAAUCUUGUUCGUGUUGAUAGAUAUUGUGUUGUCACAGAACGCUUCAUGACAGCUAAUUUCCCGAGCACCAAACAUAUAGGAGAUCCGCAGUAUGUUAAACAGUCGAGGAUCCAGCCAUAUUUGAUGUUUUCUAUGCAAGAUGUGCAUGUCAUGCAAAGUGCAAAAUCACACGGGUCUGAAAAUCAAUCUUCCUCGGGUUCUUACGCUGUUUAUGAGUGUGAUAAACACAAAUAUCCCAGAGGUAACUUGUACAGCAAUGCAUGUAAUAACCAGUGCAACAAGAGUAGCAAAGAUAGCAAAAGUAGCAGGUGUAACGGUAGCAACCAAUGCAACAAUGAUAACAGUCAAUGCUACACAUGUCUGGAUACUUCAGCGGAGCAGUAUCAUAGAAGUAAACAUGACAGCUGCAUGGGCUUUGGACAGAGUGAGAAGAAAGACAUGGUGGUUAACAAAAACAGCAAUAACAGUAGUUGUCAUAAACAGUGUUUGUAUCUGAGUGCAGGAGCCGAGAGGAAUGUUUGCAACGGUCACGCUAAUCUGCAAAAUGAUUUUGUUCGUAAAACAUUUUUCCUGGCGCAAAAAGAAUCAUUAAUGAUGGACAGUCAUGUGGCCAGACAACCAAGGUUACGAUUCUGUGCAUUGGGAAAUUUUGUGACUUUAAGUGAAACAGCCCCAUGUGAAUGUGCCAAUGAGAAGUGUUUGAGGUCAAGCUGUUGUGGCCAGAAUAUGGCUGGUCACAGUAUGGACUCUGGAGCACACUCCCUGACCACCAACCCAGUCAUUCACUCUGAUGCCUGUCAUCUGAAUUCUGGCAAAGAACACACUUCUGAAGUUCCCGUGGAAGACAAUAAUGUACUAUUGGUUUUCCAAGGAGAAACAGUGUCAAAUUACCAUGUGUUGCAUACAGGUCAUUUUUAUCAACUUUCUGUUCCAAAAUGUGAUGAAAUGCAACUCCAACCGAAGUACAUAUCCUCAACAGUGAAGACAGCUGUGGAGAAAUUUAAGGCUACCCAGUGUAUAAUGCUGCCGUCUAGUGUCAGACUUCAGCGUUUACAUGUGAGGAUAUCGCAGAGUUCUGAAGAACAUACCAGUUCUGCCAAGCAGAUACAAGGGGGUUAUAUGGAAGUAUCAGUGGCCACCUGGGAGAAGUAUCGUGCAGGCAUGCAAGAGAAAUGUUGUACAAUAGAACAGGUGCUCUCAGAAAGAUGUCUGUUGAUACUGGUCAGUGUGACAGGUGUGAUAUCGUCACGGACUCACCUGGAUCCAGAGCUCCCCUCCAGUAGAAGGCAGGGGCCCGUCACCCCAGGGGAAAGAGAGGAGCAGCUUAAUACUCACCUAGGAAUUUCCACCUUGGAGAACAAAUGUAUCCAGCUGGAAGUGACUGACAAAGGGGGACUUCACUCCUUGACAGUCUACAUGAACUUACACAAGAGUACUCUCCCCUUGGGCCUCAUUCCUGGCGUAAUGGUGAAAUUUGCACGUUUAGAGAGGCGUGUUUCUAGGAAGGGAUCCGUGUACUGUCAGUAUAUUGCUGUGUCAACUGUCAAGGUGUUACAGACUGGAGGAGGAGCUGACGGAGUUACUCCCCCUGAUUCUGGGAAUCGAUGUAAGCCCUUUAAACAGCCAGAACAAAUGGAUUUGUCAACUUACCAACCACAUUUCCUAGGUGAUUUGUGGAAUUCUGGGAGUUCUGCUGCUUCCCCUUUCUACAGUGUAUGUGAUGUGUUACAAGUUCUGCGCCUCUCACUGAAGUCCGUCUGUGACGGGUGUGGCCGGCAGUACCAGGGUGGUGCGUGUAACUCUGCUGGCUGUUCUGGGCAGGGCAGGCACUUCGUGGCCAGGGCAAGGCUCCUUGUAGAUGAUGGCUCUAGUACAGCUGUGGUGUCUUGCCAGGGGGACGUUGUCGCUCAGCUACUAGGUCUGUCCCCAAGUCAGCUAGAUGUCGUUGAUAACAAGAUUGCCCAGUAUGGAGAACUCUUCAUCCAGCAGAGUGGACAGAAGCCCCAUGAGGACGGUGAUCACCCCCUCUCUCCCUUCUUCUCAGCUCUCAGUGAUAGCACUGUCAUCAAGCGACAGUGGAAGAUGUACCUAAGCACCAGUAGAUGCGACAACAACCCAGUGUCUAACAUAGACAACAUGGCAUUAGAAGACUUCUCAUUAAAGACAUUGAACACAGGCAGUAAACAAGUGGAGACCAGGUGUCUGCCAUUCCUACAGCUGAACUGUGUGGGCGUGGAAGCUGUGGAUGUCACCGCCUUAGCUCUGCACCGCCUCAACAACAUGGAGUCCUGAACACAGGCAGUACACAAGUGGAGACCAGGUGUCUGCAAUUCCUACAGCUGAACU